AUGGAUCUCAGCCAGCUAGAUACUCUCUGUUCCGAACUCGCUCUUACUGCUAAGAGACUCAAAGCACUGUGCGAGAGCAGCAAUCAGGGCAGCAUUGCCGUCACCAAAGAGCCCACUACCGAUGUCUUGGUCCCUCCAGCCAGAGCAGAGAACCUAGAGCAUGAAAUCGCCUUGGCACACAGUAGCCUCAGUGGAAUAUCCUCUCGCUUGGAAACACUUUUGGCUGGUCCUGCGAGCUUCAUACAAUCCCUAGCCACCCAGAAUCAACUUCUAGCCUGCCUAAAAUGGAUGGGCGAGUAUCAAAUCAUUGCCUACAUACCAUUAGAUGACACCAUCUCACUCGAGGAGCUUGCAAAUCUAGCGGAUGUGCCGGAGCAUACGCUCAGCCGAGUCGUGAGAAUGACUGCCACUGCAGGUUUUCUAUACGAGCCUCAGCAUGGGCAUGUUGCACAUACGUCUUUGUCGUUAUCGUUCACGACCGAGUUGUCAUAUUUCGACGCUGCCAUGUUUUUAGCGAACAAGGUGGCCCCAGCAUCCCUCGAUCUUACCUCUUUUGCAAACGAGCAUGAUGGCAGCGCAAUAGAUCUACAAUCAUCACGACUGUUGGACUUUGUCUCCCAGGAACCGCAAACGAACCGGCAAUGGCAGGCCUACCGUCAGAGCAUGGGCAGCAUGAGGAACCAGCUUGCAUAUUUGCCAAACUUACUCAAUUGGCGUAGCUUGGGAGAUGCAUGCGUUGUUGAUAUAUGUGACAACGACACAAGCCUGGCGCGGGACCUGGCCCAGACUGCUCCAGCCCUUCGAUUGACAGUACAAACGUAUGAUUUCAUACCCAUUGACGCGGGUCUGUCUGGGGUUGGUAACGGCGACAAGGAUUUGGUUACCAGCGAACGCAUCAUAGUACAACGGAGAAAACCGACCGCAGUGCAACCGGUAAAAGACGCGGCAGUGUAUCUUCUACGUCCCUCUUUUUGCGCAGCGAGCACACGUGGCUACACGGCCGACGAUCUUAUCACAAUGGAGCUCAAAGCACAUUUCGGUAUUCUCCGAGCCAAUCCGAUGGCUUUAUUGAUUCUCGCGCCGGCAAUGUUACCUGAACCAGGGUCAGUGGCCAUCAACGUCGAGACCCGAGUACGGCUUCUCGACUUCACAGACAUGCACCUCACCGGCAACGGGGCCAUGGAGGUGUCAGAACUUUACAAACUUACAGAAAGCAUAUCUGACGCACGGGGGAAAUUAGUGGUCAAGAACCGCGUUCGGUCCGCCGACGGGGCUACUAUUGCGUUAGUGGUCAAGUAUCAAUCUUGUGAGAGUGCUGAGCUCAUCUAA